GUGUGUGCGCGCGCGCGAGGGCACUAAAGUUUACAAGAUGGCGGCGGCGCCGGUGUACUGUCUCUGCCAACAGCCUUACGAUGUCAACCGCUUCAUGAUCGAAUGCGAUGUCUGCAAGGACUGGUUCCACGGCAGCUGUGUGCGAGUGGAAGAGCAUCAAGCUGUUGACAUUGACUUGUACCACUGUCCAAACUGUGCUGCACUGCAUGGUGUUUCCCUGAUGAGAAAACGGAAGAAUUGGCACAGGCACGAUUACACAGAGGUUGAUGAACACGUUAAACCGGUACAAGCAGGAACAUCAGUCUUUGUCAGGGAGCUCCAAGCUCGAUCCUUCCCUAGUGCAGAUGAAAUCAUCAUCAGAAUGCAUGGUGCUCAGCUGACACAAAAGUACCUGGAAAAACAUGGCUUUGAGUUUCCCAUCAUGUUGUCCAAGAUAGAUGGACUGGGAAUUUCUCUCCCACCAAACAACUUUUCAGUCAGGGAAGUAGAAGAGUAUGUGGGUGGUGACAAAGUGAUUGAUGUGAUCGAUGUGGCUCGUCAGGCUGACUCAAAGAUGAAACUCCACGAUUUUGUAAAGUAUUACACUGACCCUCAUCGAAAUAAAGUCUUAAAUGUCAUUAGCCUGGAGUUUUCCGACACAAAGAUGGCUGAGCUGGUUGAAGUUCCUGAUAUCGUGAAGAAACUAUCCUGGGUGGAGAAUUACUGGCCAGAGGAUUCAUUCUUCCCUAAACCCUAUGUUCAGAAAUACUGCCUCAUGGGAGUGAAGGACAGUUACACAGAUUUUCACAUCGACUUUGGGGGCACCUCAGUUUGGUACCACGUUCUAUGGGGUGAAAAAAUCUUUUACUUGAUCAAGCCAACCAAUGCAAAUCUUGCACUUUAUGAAAGUUGGAGUUCUUCUGUCAACCAGAGUGAGGUGUUCUUCGGAGAUCGCGUCGACCGAUGCUACAAAUGUGUUGUGCGACAGGGAAACACACUCCUCAUUCCUACAGGCUGGAUCCAUGGUGUUAUAACUUCCAAGGAUUGCAUGGCUUUUGGUGGAAACUUCCUGCACAAUCUCAACAUUCGCACACAAAUCAGGGUAUAUGAAAUGGAGAAACGGUUAAAGACUCCGGAGCUUUUCAAGUUCCCAUACUUUGAAGCAAUUUGCUGGUAUGUGGCAAAGAGCCUUCAGGAAACAUUAAAAGAAUUGAGGGAGGACAACUGCCAGCCUCAGAACUACAUGGUGGAAGGUAUCAAGUAUCUGAUCCCUGCGCUUAAAUCCUGGAUUCAGAAGGAGGUGCUGAUGGAGCACACAUAUGAAAUCCCAGAUCAGAUACGACCAGGGCAGCUUAUUAAAGAGCUCGACAAGGAGAUUCGUUUCUUGGAGGACAUGAGCAUUGGAAGCAAACCCGUGAAAUCUCAGGGAAUCGUGGGUACAAUGCCAAUCAUGCGGGUCUCGCAGGAUAAGAGUUGUUCUUUCAGUGUAAGCCCAGGCAAGAGGAGAAUCAGGAGGCUGAGGGACCCCUCAAACAAGGUACACUCAGACCUGGACAUUCUGGAGCUUCACACCAGAGAGGUGCUGAAGAAGAUGGAAAUGGCACAGUGGGGCGAGGAGGACGUGUCCAACUCCAAAUUUAAAAUGAAAAUCAGCAGGACUUCACAGCCCUCUUCAACAGUGCCUGAAAAAAAUCCCAAUGAUAAUAACUUGCGGCUGGUGCUGUCAAAUGGAAGAAUAAUUAGUGAUGUCCGGCACCAAUUCACGGAAUUUGGAUUGUGCAGUGCAAACAGUGAGGAGGAGGAGGAGGAGGAGGAAGAAGGACAAAGGGCAUCUGGGCAGGACGAGACUGACAGCUCUGACUGGGAAGAUGAGAAACAAGAGUCUCAAAAACCGCUGAACAAGUUUUUUGAGAGUGUGAAAACCGAACUCAGGAAUGGAGUGUCCAAAUACUCCGACUUAUCUGAUUCAGAUGAAUCACAAGAAGAAAGCAGCAUCCAGGGAAGUGGAGAGGAAGACUCCUGGGAUGAAGAAUCGCACCAUUCAGACCACAGUGAGAAGAAUGGAUCGAUGUACGAGUCAGAGACUGAGAGGUCCCAGCAAGCACCAGAUAAGCCCAGGACCAGUUUGAAACGUUGCAAAAAGGGCACCACAAUUAAAAGGGAACGCCCACCAUCUCCAGGUACUGAAGAAGCCAUUCAGGGAAUGCUUUCAAUGGCAACUCUGCACUACCCAGAUCGGCAAAGUGAUCCAAUGAAGAGCAGCGAAAGCAUGGAUAAAAGGAGCCUUCACAGGUCACGUCAACACACAAGGACAAACACAAGCGAUGAAGAGGAGCUGAGCCCCUAUUCCAGAGCGUCAGAGUGGGUAGUUUGUCCUGUGAAGCAGGGGCCUGUGCACAAUAUUGGAGCUUUAGGGGAAUCUGCAGAGGAGGGACCCCCAGGAACAGCAGUGAGACAAGAUGAGCAGGUGAAGAUGCCAAAACUUAUCAGAAAAGAAUGUUCAGCAGCUACAAGUCAUAAAAUUCAGGAAAAUAAGAACUUCAUGGAAGAAUUAGUUAACCGUGAGUGGUGGACGAAUACAAGUGAGAGCAUCACAUGCACGUCAGGUGCUGAGCGCAUCCAAGGAGAGGGCAGGUUAAAUGACCAUCAUAGCCGGAGUUUGGAUCACAUACAGCCAAUUUCUCCACCUAUGCAUCCAUCUAGCAAAAGGGCGCUGACCAACCCACCCCCUGUGAGCAAUCAGGCAACUAAGGGCAAACGUCCAAAGAAGGGGAUGGCGACUGCAAAGCAGCGACUGGGAAAGAUUCUGAAGCUGAACAGAAGUGGCCGCCUCUUCCUCUAGAAUAAGCGUGCAGUGACACUAGCUCUGUCCAGAACAGGAUCCAGACGCUGUUGGUUCCUUGUUAAACACAUGAAUGCUCGUGCGGUCAGGUGGGCACAGCCUGAGGACGCAUUGUGGAUGUGCACUGUGUAAGAACCGGCGAGCAAUAACGGAGAAGAGAGAGGGAGAAAAUGGAGAGGAAUCUUAAAACAAAAAGUUCAGGGUUUGCUUAUAUUUUUGAAGAGAGUAGUUUUCUUGUUCUGUCGAAGUCGUUGUUUCUCUCGAUGUAUAAUUUAUUUCAUCCAAAUUUAUUUUUUGCCCAUUAAUUUGAC